GGAUGAAAGUAAAAACGUCGGGAUGCUGCUGCCGCGAAUCUCUUUCGACUCGGGGACAGUUUCGCCUUCAGUUCAUUCCAAAGCAUUCGGUUAAGCGGAGAAGAUCCACGGAGAUCAGCCGUUGAUUUGACUCAGUUUGUGCCACGUUCCUGGGAUUUUCAUUCGUGCAUCAUGUUGAUCUUCAAGGUAAUGCUGUGUUUCCUGGCAUUGUUCAGGAGCGAAGACUGCGUCGACGGUUUGCCCAGCACAGCCAGGAACCCUCCUCAGCAUCAGAGAACCGCCUCUAAUCAGUCAGUCGCUAACGAACCAGGAAUCGAGCCGACGAGGCGGCUGGACGAUUACGAGAACUGCAGUCACAAAGAAGCCGCCGCGGAGGUUAGGGAGGACCAUUUCGAGCUGGGUGGUUCACCGAGUCACGAGUUCCUGCGCAUGGUUCCUGUGAGCCCAGGAAGCCACCACCGCAACUCCAGCAGCCCGGAAGUCGAACCGAAGAAAAUAUUCUCCAGCGUCUACUCGAAGGACGACCUGGACGAAAGAGUCUCCAGGGAGAAAACCGAGUUCAAAACUGAUCUCUCCGCCUACCUGACCGACGUAAUUGGGUCCCUGGUCAAUGCCCGAGGGAUGAAGCUGGAACCAAAGGUGAAACCGGAAGAACGAGAGGUGAAGAAAGUCUCCCGGAAGCGGGAACUCAGACCGAUUGAUAUGUACGUGAAGGGAAAAGACCUUGACGUACUUGCGGACCGGAUGGACGUCGACUUGGAGCCUGAAAACCGGCAACGAAAGAGCGUCGAGGUUCUUGUGACCACGAGACACCAGCAGUCGACAAACAUGCCACCAGCGACGAGGUCGCGGAGCGUUGUUUACAACAAGCGGAGCUCCAGGGGGGAGGGAAAUAAAGGGGUGAGAAAAACUGGAAGGCGAGUUGCGGAACGCAGGGAAUAUUCGGCGGACCCGGUGAGGUUCGCGAUGCUGAAUCCUGUCCAGAUACACGCGGCUGCAGCCUAUGGAAGACGGCCGCAAUCGGUGCAAUUUGACUUGUCGCGAGCUCUGAGUGAUUUGGAACCGUUUCAGUUGUCAGCUCUGAGAGGAAUCUUCGACAAGGUGCCUCCACCUUCGCCAAACUUCAAACCAAUUGCCCCAAAACAGGUCGCUUAUGCACCACCCAGGAUCAUCUACGAGACGAAGAUCCUUCCGACGCCGUUUGGGUCCGUUGACGAAGAGCGGAAGACCGUUGAGGCGCUCAACGCGUUGUUGGGUCAGAAUCCAAAACAGCAGCUCGAGGGCCUGAACCUUAUCCUGAACAAGGAUCGUCCUGUGAACGAGCCGCAGGAGGACCUUGAGAACGCCCUGGCCUUGAACCAGGCUUUUGUAACACCGAUUCCGUCUGUUGAUGUGAAUUCUGGACUUGCUGAGAGUGGAUUGGGGUUCCAAAAUGGUGGGUUGGACUUCGGGGAAACCGGUGAGCCGAUAUUUGAUCUUGGAACUCAGCAAAGCCCCGGAACUCCUGGGCCUGAAUUCACGACACCAAGAUCCGCGUUAAAUGAGGGUGGUUUUAAGAAUAUUCCUGUCGUUGAAGAGCAUCGGGAAUCGCUGACGGUUUUUCCGACGGAACGCCAACGCCCGGAAGAACAUAGAAGUGGGAUCCUUAGGGAGGAGUACGAGGUUCGACAGCCGGAACAGAGUGGAGAGGAUAACGAUCGCGGGGUCGACUAUGCGGCCAAGUACGACUUCGGAUACCACGUGAAGGACUACAAAAGUGGUAACAACUUCGGUCACGAAGAAGCUCGAGAUGGCCUCGUUACGAACGGACGUUACUACGUCCUCUUACCCGAUGGAAGGGUGCAGAACGUGAAGUACCGCGUAGACGAGAACGGCUAUCACGCCAAGGUGUCCUACGAGCUGACUCGUUCCACAUAAGGAUCGUCCACGACGAUGCAGUUGUCCUGAGUAACGAUCUUCCUGAAGUAGAGACGAGCCAAGGAUCAGAGCUGAGGUGCGAUGGUUGCCAGCUUUGAUCCUUAGCUCCGUAAUUUCAGAGGGUCAAAGUUUUAAGGAUAGAAGAUAAACGAGCCGAAGCUUUCUUCACUCGACAGCCAUGAUCGACCAAAUGAACGAUGAAUCAAACAUAAGGAGGAUAUCUCAGGUCG